AUGGCUUCUUUCGGACGUACUUCCUCGCCAGUUCUUACUAUGUCACCAAGUGCUGCUCAUCAAGGCGCGUUCGGCAUGUCUUCCUUCUCGCAUCACACCUCUCCUUUCAGCCGGGCUAAGGCAUUCGCUGCUUCUUCACCUUGGGCCCAGCCUUCAAUCGCAGCUCCUUCAACAGCAGGUCGUAAGCGAUCCAGAGACGAGGCUGGCGUCAAUCUCGAUGUUGAAGAGGCUAAGCUUGAGACCAUCGAGCCCGUCAAAGAGCCAGAGGAUGGCUGGAUAUACGGCGAAGGUAUGACGCUCAUUAAGUCACCUUUGUCGUACGUGGCUGAAGCGGGUAAUCAAUCUGGUACCUGGGUCGAAGAAAAAGUGAAUACGGAUAACAUCCGUAAGAACGAAGAAGCUCGUGCCCUCAACCAACAGACACGGCCAUCUCUAAGAAGCAGCAAAUCGCAACGUUUAGACAUGAACGCCAUCGCGAUUCCUGGCAGUGAGCCGCAGAUUAGUCGUUCCAGCCCAGUUCGCGACAUUGAUGCUGCUACAACCACACCUAGUCUAUCAGCCGAUACUAGCAGUCAGCCUAUCAUCGACAAUUUUACACUCCAUCUCGGGAUUGGGUGGAGUCGUCUUAGCGGGAGUGAGCACAUUCAAGCUGCCGCUCGCGGGUGGGCGAAAUAUAUCGAAAAUCAUUUCCCCGUCACGAACGUCCAAAUUCAGCUAGAAAGCAAAGGGCUUCAAUCAUAUUUGGUCGAGGCAGCGGAAGGUUUCUUCCUAUUCUCCGAAACUCUGCGACAGGGUCAGCUCGUCAGCAAAAACUUAAACCAAGCAUUCGUCAAUCUAAAGACGUCGCCGCCAACUUUCGAAGGACCUGAGGCCAUGGUUGCUACAGAAUCACCUAAACCAGUCGAGAUUGCGACAUUCCCACAAGUCGCUAUAGCCCCUGCUGAUGUUGAAAUGGACAUGAGCUAA